CAGGUCCAAGCUUCUAGAACCCACCCCCGUCCCAGAUUCGCUCCCGCUUCCCAUGGCUCCAGCCAGGCUCCAGCACAUGCGACACGCCUUUAUCUCGUGACGUCGCAAUAGCUCGUGUCCUAUGGCCCCGCGUGUAAGAUCAAUAUCCUCGGCAAGGCCGCCGCAUCCACGCCAAGUCGAUCUUCACGGUAUAUUGCGCCCAUCCUCGUGCAUCGCGGUAGCUCAGGAUGACGCGCAAAGUUUGUGUGGCGGCCGAGCGGGUAGACGCACGGCGAUUGCGACAGCGCUCUCGGCGUCGUCGUCCGCCUCCACAUCCUCGUUACCGGAUAUGUGGAUUGCAUGGCGGUGGCGGCAACAUCGAGAUGGCACCGGCGCCAUGCCUGACACCGCGGCGCAUGGAGAAAGGGUGCAACCAUCUGAGCUCGUCGACGAUGGGUCGCGGUCCCUGUAGCACGGGCAAUCAGCGGGCUGUUGCUCAAGGCGAGGCUUGUCACGCCUUGGAGGUACCAGACUCAUAUACUGCGCGCAGCUCGAGCGUGAGGCCGUCCUGCCUGUCCCGUCCGGCGCAAGUGUACAGCGCUCGUUGGCGCUGUGUUAAUAAGACCAGUGUCGAAGAACUUGUCUAUGCUAUGCUACACAUACCUAGGGACGGCAUUGCGUCGGGCUGGUCGGUCGGCGAAGAAGCGACUUGCGGCUGGGUUUGCUUUCAGACGGAGCAGGCGCGCGCGGCAAACAUGGAUCCAGCAUUGCAUCCUCGUCAUCGCUUUCCAGAUGUUUGGUGUGACCAAGGUCACGCGGGCUGGCAAGCUUGCACCACGAUCAACGCCUGGCAAUUUUGUCAGCUACGACGUCGACGACAACGAUCCAGAUCGCGGCUACAAAAUUCUCGACCUCCGCACUGGUCAAGUCGCACACGCUCGAGCUCCUGUCAUCUUUGAAGAUCAAACGGUCGAUGGCGACCACGUGCGCCAAUUUCUCAGCAACAAGGCCAAGAGCUUGCUACCAAAGAUGAUCCCGCUCGCUCACCUGCCGGUCGUCGACAUUCCCGACACCUGCAUCCCUCUCGUCGAGCUCAAGGACAGCAGAGACGAAGAAGAGAACGACAGCGAUGAAGAAGAUGCCAAUGAGAACGCGAAGUCGAGCGACGCCAGCGAUGCAUCGGAGCCAGCAACAGUUGGCAGCAACAAGGCCCAAAAGAACAAGACGUCCAAGAAGGCCAAGAAGAAGACCAAGUCGUCCACCAAGAAGAGUACCAAGAUCUACGCUCUUCUCCAAGAACGCGACCAAGAAGAGAAGGUUCCAACGACGUUCGCAGAAGCCAUCAGCUGCUCAAGCAAGAACAAGUGGAUCGCCGCUAUGGAAGCCGAGUACAACUCGCAAAGCUCGAGCACAAGACGUGGAAGCAGGGGUUCCGACAGUAAGUGGGAAAAAUGAAGUGUAUAUUUUGGACCUGGAUAA